UAUAUCUUCGUAUCCCUGCAAUGUUCUAGGUAUCUUGCUUCUGGUGAUUCAAUGACAUCAAUGUCAUACCAGUAUCUAGUUGGGGUAACAACAGUAUGUAAUAUUAUUCGAGAGACAUGCGAAGCAAUUUGGAGCAAUUUGUGUCCUUUGGUUUUAUCGUCAGCAUUGUCGGAAAGAAACUGGCUCGAAAUUGCAAAUGACUUUGAAGAAUUGUCCAAUUUCAUUCACUGCAUUGGUGCCAUUGAUGGAAAACAUGUAACAAUUCAAUGUCCCAAUGCUGGUUCCACGUACUACAACUACAAGCAUGCUCAUAGUGUAGUAUUGAUGGCCAUUUGUGAUGCACACUAUGUAUUCCGUUUCGUUGACAUCGGGGCGUAUAGACAACGAAGCGAUGGAGGUAUUUUCGACAGUGCUAUCGGCAAGAACUUCAAUGCAAAUCGCAUGAAUGUACCGAAGCCAUCAGCUGUUGCAGGAGGACGAAUUUUGCCAUACUAUCUCAUGGGAGACGAAGCGUUUCCUUUAAAAUCAUAUUUGCUUCGCUCUUAUCCAAGCAAGAACGGACUGACACCGGAACAGAACAUUUUCAACUACCAGUUAAAUCGUGCGAGAAGGCUUAUCGAAAAUACUUUCGGUAUUUUAGCCAGCCAGUGGCGAAUAUAUAGCAAACCAAUUAUUGCUUUCCCAGAAAAUGCUAAAUUGAUGGUGCAGGCGACAGUUUGUCUGCAUAAUUGGAUCCGCAAAGACGACAUUGGCAAAAAUGCAUACGUUUCUGCGGGUAUGGUAGAUGAAAUUCAUGCCGAUGAUCCAAAUAGUUUCACACCAGAUUCUUGGCGGAGUAUCAUUGAAGAUGGCUGCGCUUUUCGAGAUAUCGGUCAUUGUGGCUCGAAUACCAGUGCGCGAAACUGCAUUCAGAUGCGUGAUGAAUUUUGCGAUUACUUUUAUAGUGAAGGAGAGGUGCCUUGGCAAAAUAACCGACAUAAAUAA